GGACGUGAGUAGAAGCGCGAUCGUCACUUCCGCCAGGAGCCGGAAGUCACUGUCUCCCGGGUGAACUGGCCUUUGCAGCGAGGGAAAGCGAGUGCAGAUUCAUCCACCUGCAGCCAUGGGACGCAGGAAGUCUAAAAGGAAACCACCCCCCAAGAAGAAGAUGACGGGCACCCUGGAGACCCAGUUCACCUGCCCCUUCUGCAAUCAUGAGAAGUCCUGUGACGUAAAAAUGGACCGCGCCCGCAACACCGGAGUCAUUUCCUGUACCGUGUGCCUAGAGGAAUUCCAGACGCCCAUCACUUAUCUGUCAGAACCCGUGGAUGUGUACAGCGAUUGGAUAGACGCCUGCGAGGCAGCCAAUCAGUAGCGACACCGAGGACCCACCCCCUUGGCAGCCCCGCCUGCCGUGGACCCGCCCACUGGGUUCCAAAGCAGAGACAUUCCAGGGGUCGGGGGUGGGUCCGGGGCUGUCGUGGCCUCCUGUGUGUCUGCGUGAAGGGUGUGAGUGUGCGUGUGCCCCUAGAUUUGGGGUGGGGUUGAGUCGGCAGGCCUGAGGGCCCUGAUCAGGGCUCUCGUGGCCGCUGCCUCUUCUGACCCCAGCCUCCCUAGCUUUGGGCUCCGGUUUCCCUGAGGGGCAUUGGCCUGUCUGGGCAGGAGAUGGGUGCAGCUUCUCCAGCCUCCUAGACAGCAGUGCUCCCCGUGCCCGCAGUCUUGGAGUCCAAGCCCUCAUUCCAGCCCCCUUGGCAGAGGGAGCCAGCGCCCCUGCCCUGACUGGAAGCCGCACUUCCUCUUUAGUUGCUUUUGUAGAGGAGGCAGGGCUGGUUUGGGGACAGCUGUCAGUUAUGAGUCCCUAAUAAAACGACUAAUGCAGA